AUGAGUUUAUUAGUCGUAGCGGAUUGCCCAACAGAUUGCGCGCGAAUUUUAAAACAUGCAAACUUAGAAAAGAAACUGAAACGUGCGGAAUACGAAAACGAACAUAGCAUUCUUGGAGAUAACGUCGGUUUGGCUAUAUCGCAGUCAUUGGGUAUAAUCGGUAGCCUGCAACAUGCGGUGAAGCGAAGUGGCGAAAUGAUAUCUCACGCAGCGUCCGUGGAGAGGAUCCUAAAGUACACGAAUUUGCCCCAGGAAGUUUCGUAGACCAGUGACAAUCCUCCGUCGGCGGAUUGGCCGAAACACGGAUAAGUGACUGAAUAAUGUCACCAUGAAGUAUGACAAGGAAAAAGCC